CUCAAGGCGAAGGAUUGGUACCCUCCCAGAAGCUAAGGGCUGAAAUAAAAAGUUUAAAAGCGGGUAGCAGUCGCGUUUGAACUCAAGGAGUUCUGUUACUGUUAAUAUGUCUGAAAUCAAGCAAAGGAGAAAAACUAAUACUUCGGCUAAAUUGAAUGAAGAGCAGCAAAAGCUAGACGAACAGCUGGGCGCGGGGAGUACCUCUGGUCUUAGAUCUCUCUGGAUGGACCCUCGAACAGCCGCAAGCUGCCUGUCUCUCACGGUCUGUGUGGGACUGACAUGGUUCCUUUUUCAGCAGUCAGCACAACUCAUUGCUGUGCAGGAAAAGUUCCACUUAUUGAAGGAAGAAGCUGUGAAGUUUCAAGAUAUAGAAACUAAAAUUGAACAAAUGUCCACAAAGCUUGAGUCGUCUUUGAGUGUCCUGCAGAAGGCCUCUUCAUCUAUCUCUGUGAUGACCAAGCUUCAGCAGGAAGUAGCCAGCCUCCAUAACAUCAUACCUGACAUUCAAAACAGUGAACAGACACUUUCUGAAAAGGUGCAGAGUGUGAAUGAGAAAUUUCAGUGUGUCAUUGCCUCCUGGAAAAGAAGCCAAGAAGAAAUGGAUACAAAUGCUAGUAGUUUGAAAUUGGAAGCCAAGAUUUUACAUAAUGAAGUAACUUCUCAAAUCAAUGCAGCAGAUUCAGGAAUAAAAUCCCUUUCUGAAAGAUUAAAAGAUCUGGAAGACAGUACUGUAAGAAACAUCAAAACAUUAAACAGGCAAGAAGAAGCUGAUUUAUCUAAAAUUGAACAGCGACUGCAAGCUGAUACAGAAUCAGCUCAAGAAGUGGAAGAAAAGCAGAAUAAUCUUUUAGUCAGAAACAACGACCUGAGACAAAAGCUUGCAGAUCGUGAGCCCAAAGAGGAAGAAUGCAAGUCCCAUUUACCAAUAAUAGAGAAUGCCAUUCACUCAGUGGUUAGAUUAUCAAGUAAUCUGAUUGGUAUAGAGAAGGAGGUGAAAGACAUGGCUGUAAAGGUGUUUAAUUCAGAAGGUGAAAUGGUGAAAGCUACAUUUGAAAUAAUGAACAUACAAAAAGCUCUUGAAGGCAUCAAGAAGAGCAGAUUAACGCUACAGAAAGAAGUGCCUGUUUUAAAAAUUCAUGACUUUACACAAUCUACUGCAGAGAUAAUAAAAGAACAUUUAGAAAAUCAUCCACCUGUCAAUGAUACAGCAUGAGUUGGGUCCCCGUUAACAACUUGUUCAUUUCAGUUAAAUAACUGAAGAGUUACUUGAGUGGCAUUUAGUAGAAUUCAAGGGUGUUUUCCUUUGAUCUCAGUACUACAUAAAAGGAAAACCAAUGUGAUUUUUUAAAAGAAGUCAUUGUGCAUAUUUGUAAAUUUAAUUCAGAUUAAAACAUUAAGGAAUCUUAAAUACUGAUAUUUAAAUAUUGUUUGAUUUUUAAAUUGUACAUAUUUGCUGGAUGUGUUUUGUAUAAUUGUUUAUUGGUAUUCCAUUGUAUUUAUUCUAAACUGUUCCCCCCAAUAUUAUUGCUAACUGUUAAUGUG